AGGCAGAAUCAUUUGCCGCCAGCAGACUGAAUGUUUAUGACCAAUAUUAUUUACGUACUUGUUAUAUCUGUAUAUAUCAUCAAAGUAAAUAAGACUGAUGACCCGAAAGUUGUGAAACAAUGGAUGAAACUUCUUGAGUGAAGUGCGAAAGUGAAGAAGGCACUUACAAUAUUCGUGUCCUGAAUUCGCCUAGAUAGAUAAUUAUCUAUUUCCUCCACUGGAAAGCAUUGCAUGUAUUUAUCAAAUAAAAAAUGGAAAGACGUAUUAUACUCGCUAUUGUAUUUAGUUUUAUUUUGUUUGUUAUGCCAACAGAUUUAUCAGCUUACACGCCGGAUGGUUACAUAGGAUGCUACCACAGAAAAUCUUUGGUGAUGCUGUAUCAAAAAAGCUUUUCUAGAAAUAAGGGAGACAAAUGCAUGAAUCUCUGUUUGCACAAAAGUUUUCGAUAUGCAGCCACAGAGCAUAGUGUGUGUUUCUGUGGUAAUAAAUUAAGAGAGGAACAUUCCGUCGCAAUGAAGUGUUAUGAGGAGUGCCCUGGCAACAAAAAUGAAAUCUGCGGAGGACUGUACAGCGAAAUAUCACUAUAUGAUAUAUCGCAAACAACAUUAACAUUACCACGUACGACAACAACACCAACUACAACAAAAACUACAACAACAACAACGACCGCUACUACAGAGACAACAACAGCAACAACAAAAUCAUUGCCGACGACGUUAGUAAGGACCGAAGGAAAAAAAGUAACAGGAACACAUUCGACAGAGAUAGCAGCAACAAAUAGUUCAAAGGCAGUCACGAAUGCAGAUUUUCAAAGAUUGGAUGACAAAUACAAAUACCAUAUUGUGAUGUAUGUAUCCAUUCCUGCUACUGUCGCCAUCGUUGGAACAGUUGUUGUUAUUAUCGUCGUAUGCAAGGUUACUAGACGGAAACAAAAACCUGUUCACUAUGCAAACACAUCUAGAAAAGAAAUGACUACAGAGGACAAACUUCCAAAAGACGACGACAGUGAACAUAUCUAUGACCAGUGUGCAUGUCCCCAGGAAGUGGCUUAUUAUAGCAAUGGAGAGUACUUGACACCGGUCGUUGGUACCAUGAAACGGCUUCAGGAGGAUGCAACACCCUUGAACAAAAGAAAAGAGAAAACACAUGCGGGAACAUCGAAAGGGGUAAACAAUGCCACGUACGGAAGAACUGAUCGCACUGAAAAUACUUACGAAGAACUUAUUAAAGACGAUUCAGCUGACAAAAAUGUUUAUCAGACAGCUUGUUAUGAAUAGUUCUUUUUCUCUCAUGUAAACUUUUGUUGUAAAUACCAACAGGUGUAAGCGGCGUUUGGUUCAAAUUCAUUGAAACAUGGUCGUUGAAUUACAUAAUACAUGUAAUGUAUGUUACAUGCAACUGUAAGUGCCCGUACAGUAUUUCUUACAUCAAGGUGACACUUUGAAAAUAUAAUAAAAGCUGAUAAGAAACUCAGAAAUGACAUAUAUAUGAAAAUCAAGAGCCAUGUUGGACAUAGCUUUCAUUCGCAAAUAUUUUGUGUAAAAUGUGUAAAAAGGGAAUCAUUUUGAAUUGUUGAAUUGCAUGCAUAUUUGUUAGUUUACGGGUUUUAAAGCGAAACCCUUUCCAUCUUUUAUGAGUAAACUAAAGAGAGACAAUUCGGAAGGUAAACACGGUAGGGGUUUGGUUCUUGUACACUGCACUUUUCUACAAUUUUCUUCAUCUUUGUAGGCAGUUUUAAACAAAUCUCUUCAAACAGAUAUGCUUUAGAGUUAUGGUUUUUGUACAGUCUUGAUGACCUCUGUCUUUUCUGAAGUUUUCGUAGUUUUAGAUUUCUGCCCCACAAACGAUUGUAAUGAGCCAAUUAAAUAAAGGGAAGAAGUUCAAAAUGUAAGUGAGGUAGAGUUAUACUUCUUAAACACUGCACUUUCUAACAAUAUCCUCCAUCUUUGUAUGCAGUUUGCAUAAAAUCCCUUCAAGACGUCAAGACUGGUGUCUCGAUCGAGUUUAUUAGAUUAGGGAGAUGGGAGAUAAUCCUAAAAGUAGUCAAAUUUCAAUUGAGUAAUGAUUCUUGUACAAUGUACUUCAGUCAAUGCGUAAAGUGUAACAAAGUCCCUUUAAUAAUGCCGGAGUUAUGUUCCAGACAAAAGAUCAAAUAAAGGGAGAGAAUUAAGAAGAAAGAGAGGUAAAGUUAUAGUUUUUAUACGUUGUACUUUCUCCCAUGUUAUUUUGUGAAGUUUUAACAAUACUCAAUCAAUAGCUUUGUAGUUCUGCUCUGGACGGAAGUUUUUGAGUAAUUGGAUGUGAGAAUGAUAAGGUUACUGUUCUCGUACACUGCACUUCCUCUUGAUGGCUUCUGACAUUGUUUGAAGUUUUAGCAAAGUCUCUUCAAUAGGAUUGAAGUUAUGCUCUGGACAAAGUUUUUGUGUAAAUCAUAAAAAUGGAGGUACUAGUAACUCAAAAAGUUGGCCCAAUGGAGUUAGUUUUAGUGUACAAUAAACCUCUCAUUCUGCGAAGUGUACACGAAAUCCCUUUCCUAGUUUUGGUGUUCUGUAAACGAGGAAGAUACUUAAAAAAGUGAACGGGUAAAGUAAUGUUUUUGUACACUGUACUUUCUUUCAACAGUCUCUGUCAUUGUGUGAAGAUUUAACAGCACCAUUUGAAUAGGUUUGGAGUUAUACCUGAUACAAAAUGGCUAUGAGUAAAUCAUAGAAAUAGAAAUAAUUCAAACGAAAGCAUGUUCAAUUAUGUAUUUCCCAGGGUCAUUGAAUUUAACAUCGCCGUAUAUUUUUGACUGAUUUCUACUAGGUGUCUUGUCAGAAAUGUCUCCGAUAUACAGUGAAUGUUCGUGUUGCUCUCGCAUGGUCAAUCAGUCAUUUCUAAAGAGUUUAUGGUUUUGGUUUAGAAGACUGUAAAUAAUUUUAUUUGUUCUUUCUACUUGAUAAUAUUCUAUGACCCAAUUUUUAAUAUUCAAUCCCAAUCUGCCCCAAACGAAUAGACAUGUAACAUUAAUCGAUGUUGGGACAUUAUUUUCCUCUUGCUAGAUCUAUAUACCGUAUAGCGAGUUAAUUUUGCUGGCAAAAAUAUCUGUGGUUUUGUCCUAAAAUGGGCCUAGUUUAUUUCCGUGUUUUGUAUUACUGCGACCUUCGAGAAAAGCAGGAAUUAACUUUUGCGGUUUUCAUAAACCGAAAGUAAAUUUUGCAUGAGAAAUAGCCACCGCACUUAUUACGUCAUACUUAACGACUCAAAUGCAUAUUGUUCUCGUCAGUUAUAUCUUGGUAGAAUUAUCUAGUUCGGAAUCUAGGCCAGUGAAGUUGGCACAGAGGAUUUAUGUUUAAAUCUGAUUUCCUUUCAUUGUCGUGCAUGAUCAAAUAUCAGAGUUAAAAAUAAAUACUGUAGGUCUAGUAACACUGCUGGUAGAAACAUUUACGAUUUAUUUACAAAUAUAUACAAAUGCAAAAUCUAGUACAUAGUCCGUUCACAGUCCAUUCAGUUACAACACAUAUUAAUUAGUUUGUUUAACUUUUCAUAAACCUAGAGUAUUUUGUGGUAUACACUUGUAGAAGAUUACACGCCCGAAACGGUUACAAUUCAUUCGUUGACAAUAGGUUGAUACACUAACAAAAGCAAUCAACAACAAUCGAUACGGUGUGAAUAACUUGACAGCAGACGAAAAACUCGUGAGAUAAAGAUAACGGGUCAUUAUAUCAAGCGAAAUAUCAACGUUUAUUUCUGCGUCAGAACAUUCUGCUGAUAGUUUGAAUUUGCAGUUUAUUUGUGCGUGGCAGCCUCGACCCGCACAUUUAGCAGAAAUAAAAACCCGCAGAAUUAACCCGCUACACGGUAUCCACUUUUCAUGAUUUUUACCUAAUGUAAAUAAAAUGUAUUUGCACUAUGUUAGUUGUGUGAUAUUUUUGUGAAACAAUAAGAGCUAUUUUUAUGUGUUUUUGUUGUUGUUGUUUUGUUGUUGUUGUUGCUUUUUCAGAGGGCUAUAUGUAAAAUAAAAUGUAUGUAAGUACUAUA